AGCGCCAGUCCCUGCCGGUCGCUCAGCUGUGCGUCAUAUGUCGGCUCUCGCGCGCGUCCUCCUCAGGCGUUACGCUCCUCGGCCCGCCGCCGGCCGCUCGACUCGCGCGCCGCGCACCCCCUCCGCUCGCCGCGCCCACCCCGGCCCCGACUCCGAGGAACCUCCGAGGAGCGCGCGACGCCGCCGGUCCACGCGGCGCGUAUUAUGCUGUCUGCCACCGCGGACGCAGCAGCGCGUGCCGACGACGAAUCGAUCACUGGCCCUGGCGCCGAACAUGCGGACGGCGGCUUGACGAGCCGGGCCGCUUCGUUAGCGCGAGUUCCGUCUUCCGUCCGCCAAGGCCGCCAAGGCCGCCCCGCCGCCUCUAGGUCCGGCGAACGAUGACCUGAGCUCGCCGGAAGCGAGGCCGAGAGGAUCCUGAGAGACCCCCGGGGACUCGGACGCCGACGUCCGUCGGCAUCCCGCCGGCCAGAGACACCCCCCGCAGGACGCCUCGCGAGGAUGACCUGAGCGGGCGACUCUCCCCGGCCGCUCUACGAACGGGAAGCUCUCUCCGAGUCAGUUCGUUAAACGACUUCGGGAUCCUUUCCCGCCCGACCGGCGACAUGUCGACCGGGAAACGGCUCGCCAAGCGCAGCAUCAUCGGGACGCGGGUCUGCGCCCCCGGUGAGGACGGCAAGUACUACAGCGGCGUGAUCCACGCCGUAAAGACGCCCGCCUCCGCCGCCACCGAGGCCGGCCUCAGCAUCACCCCCAAGACGAGGUACUCCGUCAGGUUCGACGCCGUCCCCGGGGGACGGCCCCCCAGCCCCAGCACCGAGUACUCCGACCGCGACCUCAUCGGCCCCGGAUUCGGCUCCGUCACCGGCGCGAAGCUCGUCCCCGGACAGAAGGUCUACCUCACCUACAACGGCAGGGAGAUCCACGCCGAGGUCACCCAGCACAGGGAACACCUCGACGAGGUCGACGUCGUCAUCGCGCCGAAUGGGCAGGAGGAGUUUCCGCAGCCCGAGAUGCGAGGUGUCCUCAAAGUGGCCCUAGAUGGAGUACAGGCAGGACAAAAAAGGAAUUUCCUCUCUAUACAUCCCACGGCCAAUCCCAUCUAC